CUGAACGAUCCGGGUUCGAGUCCCGGUCCGGGCUGUCCGAAUUAUAUUUUUGCAGUUACCAAAAAAUUCCUACUGAGUAAAAAAAGGUCCCCCCUUUUCCCUUAUCCUUUAUUCACCCAGUUCCCAAAUUUGUCGCGGACAUUAUGACACUGAUAUAGCAUCGCGGAUGUAAUGUCGCGGUUAUUUAGUCGCGGAGCCAGAACAUAAUUCACCUCUUCAAUUUAGUAGCAGAGUUUACAAUGCUGCUCCAGGGGUUGAGUUUUUGUUUCGUUGCUCUCGCAUUUGUAAUUGCUAUCGAUCCCGAUCUGGAAUUCAUAAAUUCAGUAGAUAUGGGUCAGUGCAGAAAGAACCAGCGUUACAGUGAUUGUGUAACAGCGUGUCCUCUUUCUUGUGGGAAGAAGAAUUUGGCUAAAGAAGACUGUCCAUAUCCUUGCAGUCCUGGAUGCGAAUGCAAAGACGGUUAUUACUUGAACAGUACUAGUACUCUAGAUUGCGUUAAGCCAGAAGACUGCGUUCCCAAAACAUAUCACCGUAUUUUACCGGUUAACUGUGGAGUGAAUCAGCAAUUUUCCUUCUGCAGGUCACCUUGUCCAUUAACUUGCGGAAAAAAAACGAUAGAUCCUUGUCCUUAUAAUUGCAAUUUUGGAUGCGAGUGUUAUGACGGGUACUACCUAACAAAAAAUAAAGAAUGUGUCAAACAAGCAGAUUGUCCACGACGGCCAAAACCACACUUUUAUUAAUCUAUAAUUUCAAACGAUACAAUAUAAAUUGAAUUUGUAUUCAACUCCACAAUAAAAAAAUACAGAAAUAUA